GGAGGGAGUCAGGCUAAGGUUCCGUGCAGUCCGAUGGCACGUCCCCUAAUGGCUAUGGGAGGCGAUGCAGGAGGGACGAAAGCUGGGCUCCAGGAAGAGACCCGAGAGGCCCCCAAAGAUAGAAAGACCUGUAGUCCUCUUAAACCCAGGAGGGACGCAGGGUGCCAGGAGCGCGGGGAGGGGAGGGGGAAAGGGCGGGGGGAGACGGGGCGGAGAGGCAGAGCGGGCCUCUAAUUGGGUGGGAGCAGGAUAACUCUGAUUGGCUCAGAGAGCUGGCUCCGGCCUUGAAUGUGCCGAAGCUGGGCCUACUAGUGCCCUUGGGGGACGGUGAGAAGAUGAGACUGAGCGUGCCCCAAGACCAGUCAUUGACCCUGUGGUUGGCAUCCGGGAAGAAAACGACUUUCUUGGGGAGCCUGAAGAUGUGAACCACACAGCUGGCAGGUGAUGGAUUCGAAACUGGCUGAAUGGUCCAAAUCCCAGAGAACUUUUUAAUAAAGUGUAAGAAAAAUUUCCUAUUUGGGAUUUUUACAUUUUGUCUUUUAUUCUGAGCCUGAGACACCGAAAAAGAGAGUAUUUCCAUGUGCCCAGCAGAAACAAAAAAUAGGAUGAGUUAUAAAAAACAUACAUGUCUCAUUCAUGUUUUUAAGUGUUUUGUAAAGCAUAAAAAAAUUUCAUGUGACUUUCACAACUCUUUGGCAUGUCUGUGCUUUAGUUUGCACUAUCUUUUUACUGUUGUUGAGCCCUCAGUCUCCUCCCUUCAUUAAAAACCAAAGGGGGGGCACCCCUUUUAUCAAAUAAACAUAGUUAAGCAAAACAUAUCCACCCGGUAGUCACCUCCAGAAAUAGAUAUCUCAUUCUGCUCUUGAAUCUGGUCAUUGAUACCAUGAUUCCUCAUAGGUCCCAUGGAAGCAUUGUGGGACAUGGCACUGAUCCAUAUGCUUGAGUCUUUGGAAGUUAUUUUUCUUUAAAUGCUGCUUCUAGAAAGUCUCCUCCAACAUCGGAUCAGAAUUCUCUGGUUCACCAUCUUAUUGUCGAUGGAGGUGGUCAGCGGAUUUUUUCUGGCUUCACUUUGCUCUCUGACUUUGGUGUUGUGUGGACUGCAGGCAGAGGAGCAAUAGAGAAUUGGGCCCAAAUGUUUAAAGAGAGAGUUCAGCCUCCGAAAGCUCCUGCCUUUGCCCAGGACAGGAGUCCAGAGGAAGUUUGUUCUUGGGAGCUGCUGACCGCCAGAGCCCAGGAUCCACUGACAUUCAGCGACGUGGCCGUGGACUUCUCAUGGGAGGAGUGGAGACACCUGAGCCCGGCCCAGAGGGCCCUGUACAGAGAUGUGAUGCUGGAGACCUACGAGAACCUGGUGUCUGUGGGACCAGAACUUCCAUUUUCCAAACCAUAUGUGAUCUCCCAAUUGGAAAGAGGAAAAGCCCCAUGGAUGCCUGAAGUAGAAGUCCCCAAAAACCCCCGGCCAGAUUCAUUUAAUCAGGAGAACAGAUGGGAGAACCAGAACUCGGCUCUGACUGAGGGCACUUGCCUGGGAGCAUCAGUCAAGGAGAGAGGACCACAGAACAAUCCCUGGUGUCCUAAUAUAGGAGAGUCUGGGACCUGUGAGGUCAAGUUAAAGAGCAAGAAGGAUCCCCAGGAUGGAGAGUUCCACCAAAUAACAGAUGCUCCAAAAAGAUCAUCAUGUCAGGGGAAUGUACUAGAAAAUAAUUCUUUGGAGAGACAUGUUAGUUUGGGACCAGUCUGUUUUGCCCAAGAAAGAGCUACUGUGGGAAAAAGUCUCUAUAAGUAUAAUAUACUUGCAAAGAGUCUGAGAAAGUUUUCAGACAAAAUUCAGUGUAAUAGAUUUUCCUCAGGGAAGAAGCUUCAUAAGUGUAACAUAGGCAGGAAAUUUUUCAUCUACCACUCAGAUGCCAUUAAAUGUCAUCUAGCUGGCGAAAAGUUCUAUGAGUGUAAUAAAUGUGGGAAAGAGUUUGACAGAAGACCAAAUCUCACCGAAUGGCAGCAAAUUCGUUCUAGAGAGAAUCCUGUUGAAUUCGAUAAAGCAAGAAAUAUUUUAGGUCAAAAGAGACACUUACUAGACAUCAGGAAAUUCCUAAUGUGAAAGUUUUUCAGUGUAAAGAAUGUGGCAAAUCCUUCAGGGAGAAGCGUUAUCUGAAAAGCCACCAGAGGACGCAUACUGGAGAGAAACCUUUUGAAUGUAACGAAUGUGGAAAAGCCUUCAGCGUCAGACAGAACCUUUCUAGACAUCAGAGAAUUCAUAUUGGCAUGAGACCUUUUCAGUGCAAUGAAUGUGGGAAAGCCUUCAGGAUGAAGGAUCAUCUUAAAAUGCAUCAGAGAACUCAUACAGGGGAGAAACCUUUUGAAUGUAAUGAAUGUGAGAAAGCCUUCAGUCAUAGGGGAAGCCUUAGCAGACAUAAGAGAAUUCAUACUGCAGUGAAAUCUUUUGAAUGUAUUGAAAGGGGAAAAGCCAUCAAUGGCAGGCUGGAUGUUAAUAGCUAUCAAAGAAUUCAUACGAGAGUGUAACUCUUAAAAGGUAAUGAAUAUAGGAAAACCUUCAGGUUAAAGCAUUACCUUAAAAGCAAUCAGGGAAAUCCUGCAGGAAAAUGCUUUGAAUACAGUAAAUGUAAAAAAAAAAAAAAAAAUAGCUCAAUAAGAGGCAGGUUCUUGGUAGACAUCAGAGAAUUCAUCCUGGAAGGAAACCUUUUGAAUGAAAUAAAUGUGGGGAAAACCGUCAGCCUGUAUCUCACCUUAGAGGGCAUCAGGGAAUUCAUAAUGGAGAGAAAGUUUUCGAAUGUAAUGAAUGGGGAAAUGCAUUCUGGAAGAAGCAAACCCUUAUUACCCAUUGGAGAACUCAUGUUGGAAUGAACCCUUUGGAUUGUUAUGAAUGUGGGAAAGCUUUCAAGGUAAAGGAUCACAAGAACAUUAUAUUGGAAAGAAACUUUCUAAAGAGAAGAAAUGUAGGAAAACCAUGAAUGACAAGCAGAAUUUUAUCAGAUAACUCCAAGGGGAAGGAAACUUUCGAUUUAUAGAUGUGAGAAAUCUUUUAGACCAAAAGAAUACCUUGCCAGCCAUCAGACAACUCAUGCAGAUACAAGAGGCUCUGAAUAUAUUAGAAUGUGAGGUAAUCUUUAGCCACCAAGGAAGGCUUAAUAAAUAUUUAAAAACUCAGGUUGCUAGUGAACCUUUUGAAUGUAAUCAGUGGUAAUCCUUCACUGAAAAGUCUUACUUUAAAAAAAAAGUCUGCCCUUAUUAGAUAUCCACAGAUGCCUAAAGGAGUAAAACACUAUGAAUGUGGCAAAACCUUUGAUUGAGAAGCAUGCCUUUAAUCAGAAUUCACUGUUGAGUGAAAUGACUGGAAAGAAUAAAAAAUGCAUCGUUAUUAAAUAGCAGAGAAUUCAUACUGGAGUGAAACCAUGUGAAUGUAAAGCCUUCACUCUGAUGCCAUCUAUCUGUGGGAGGAUGUGAGAAAGCUCUUGGCCCUAGGGGAAGGCAAAGAUAUCCCAUGAAUGCAGUGAAUAUGGGGAAAGCCUCAUACCAAAGCAAACUGCCCUGUGUACAAGGAACAUGGAAAAGAUUUCAGUGAUUCGUAGAACCAUAUUAGGUAUUAUAGAGAAGCCCCUUUACUGCAUGUGGGGAAACCAUUUUCUCCUGUUUAUGGCUUCUCCCCGGGAUACAUUAUGAACAUGGAAGAAAUUUUGAGAGCAAAUAUUAAAUGAGAUAUUGGCUUUGAGGGAGCCAAAAAGCACCUUCCUAGGCUGACUAUUUUUCUCACAUUUAAUCACAUCGACUCCCAGAAGCCCUAGCUCCAGCAGAGGAAUCAGCACUUUGUUCUAGCAGAAGCGAACAGUGCUAUCAAAGAUGAUGCGAGAUACUUUUAGUCAAAUGUUUUGGUGUCUGGUUGAGAGCCAUGCUUAUUUCUUAACUCAUGUUUUAUAGUUAGAAAAAGUGGAAAUGGCCCACCCCCCAACCAAAACACUUCUCAAAUGAAUUUCCCCCUUAUCUGGAUGGAGGACCUGGGUUCUCAGCUCAGAGAGAUUUUCACAGAUAUAAGGGGUGGUGUAUCAGAAUUAUGUUUAAAAAACUUUUAAAUAUGCAGGCAGUAUGUAGCAUAGCAGACCAAUGGAGGUUAAAUACUGGUCAAGUUUCAAUGAAUUAAGCAAUACACAGACAGUUUUUAUGUCAGUGGACUAUUCCAAGACCUUGACAUAAAGUGAUUUUUAUAUUAUAUAAAAAUAUAUUUUUAAAUUUAUAUAUAGAAAUAUAUAAUAUAAAUCCACCCACAGAUGUGGACGAAAGGGAGCCAUGUGCCCCUUGGAAGGGAAGGGGGCUUGCUCACAGUUCAAAAACAUUUGGGGGCCAGGAACAUAAAAGGAAGACCAAGAGGAGGAAUAUGCAGGACCUGGCUGGAAACAAGAGGGAGACUUAUCGGAGGGGAGGGGAGACAGACACACAGGGGCUAGCCAUAACACAUACAAGAGAAUGUGAGACAUGUAGGGGUUUGGGACAGACACCCUGCACCCAAGCUAGGUCCGAUGGAAGAUAACAUGGGUUGGAUUCUUGGGUGAGUGUGGAGAAUGGGACAGGUCCCCAAUCCCGUAUCUAUUCUGCUUUCACUUAAGAAGGGUUUUUAAAGUGAUUUUUUUUGUUUUUUGGUGGGGAGGAGUGGCAAAUGGACUAGCAAGAGCAAAGACAGCACAACAUCAUAUAAUAAACACUGGUAGGUUUUUUGGAAUGGGGAUUUCUUUCAGAAUUCUUAUGUAAAGUUGAAUUUAUGUAAUGUGAAUUUACAUAAAGGAAGAACUGACUGUACUAUAUACCAUAUACUUUAAAUAUUGGGCUAAUUGUGAAGUCUCAAAGCAGUCCCAAACAAUAUUUUGGGCCCUACAAAAAUUUCAAUACAUAGCAAGUCCCUGUUACCUAUAAAAAGAGGAAUCAAACUCUCUGGUGAGUAAAAGGACAAGAGUAAUGGAAAUUCAUGGAGAGGAAAAGAGGCAUGGAGAUUUAGCCAACCUGGCUCCAAGAAGAACUCAUAGUAGCUUUGAACCAAACAGUGCAUGCAGUGAUGAUCCCAACAAUGACUCCUCUGAUGGGGAGAUCAAUAUCGGUCAUGGCUCUAAAGUGACUUUGUUUUGGAGAGAAGGAUGGUGAGGCCCCGAGAUCUCCCUGGCUUACUCCAAGGCUCAGGUAAAAUCCCAUUUUUUAGAGUCCACCUUGCCUAGUGUUCCCAAGCUAUAAGUGCCUUCUUACCCCUUGAAAUCACCUCAUAUCAAUUCUGAGUUUUCAAAUGCUACUUGUCCCACUAGAAUUUGAAUCCUUGCCAGGUGGACACUCAUUAUGCUUUAGUUUGCAUCUCUAGCACUCAGCAUUAGUACCUAGAACAUAGCCAAUGGUAAAUAAAGACUUAUUUACAAGUAUAGAGGUAAGUUCAUCACCAAUUCACAAACUAAUGAUUUUUUCAUUUUGAUGAUGAAAAAAAUAGAUAACUCAGUCCUGAAGGACUGACUCCCUUCCCUUUUGAAGUAAAGAUGGCAGGAUUAUGGGGAGAGAGCCAAGGACUCCUGGAGUUCAUUUUGGCUGUUGUUCCAAAUGUGAGAUCCUCAUGCAGUUACCAGUGAGGAUAUAAAAUGGAACUACAUCAUGUCAACCUUGCCCCUCCCAAUAAACAAAAAUGAGAAGAGGGAAGUUACAGCUCAGAUUCUUGUAGGGUCAGGGAAUGGAAUGACAAAAUUAGUUUUACCAUGUACUCGAAGAUUAAAAUAAUUUAGGGACCAAUGGUUUUAGGGACUUCUCGUGGUGCAAUGUCACAUGAAUUUUCCUUUUAAUUUUGACAUCUUUUAUUUUUAAAUCCUUUCCCCACUACAUCCUUUCCCUCCAUCUAGAGAACUCCAAAGUAUUAGAUUUCAUAAAAAAUGAAGCCAUUUAUCUCUUCCUUCCCCCCACCCUGCCCCAACCCCGCCAAACUGGUCUCUCCAGUGUUCUAUGCCUGCCCUUAGUCCCUUAUCUCCAAAGAAGGGAAGAUACCUUUUUUGUAUCGUUUCUCUUAGGUCCAAGCUUAGUCAUUAUAAUUUUAAAGCUAUUUUGUUGCUAUCCUUUAAUAUUGCUUACAUUUCCAGGGGCAACUAGAUAGCACAAGUGGACAGUCCUGAAAUCAGGAGGACCUGAGUUCAAAUCUGUCCUCAGACACUUAACACUUACAUUAUGUGAUGCUAGGCAAGUCACUUAACCCCAAUUGCCUCACCAAAACAAACCAAAAAACCCCAUUGCUUCCUGUUGUAACUAGCUGUGCCCUUUCCAUGUUAAUUGUCCUUUAUAAUGAUUUUUUUAAAUCAACAAAACCAAUAUGGUGUAAAAAUUACAUAUAUGUCUAUAGC